CGACCUCUCACGACCUCCCGCCGCCGCCGUUCUUCUCCACACUGUCGCGCUUGCGGCUCGCUGCUCUUCGCUCGCGCACACGACACCGUCUGCGUUCCGCCGCGAGCAGCCAUGGCGCCGCCGCGCCGUGCCGCCGCCGUGGCCGCCAGCACGCUGCUCUCCUCCGCCUCUUCCUCCUCUCUCGCCUCCUCACAGCCGUCCUUCUCGGCGCCCGCCGCCGCCUCCGCCGCUGCAGCCGGGCCCUCUGCGGCGCGUGCGCCGCGCAAUGCGCCGCCGCCGGCCGCCGUCGAGCCGCCGCUGAGCCCCGUCGUGCGCCGCCUGCGCCAGAUGUGGACGUUUGCGGCCGUGUGUCAGUUCAUGUUCACCUUCGACGAGGCCUUUGGCGUCAGUGGCUUCGAGACGGAGGCGCUCGAGCGCGAUCUGGAUGGCUCCGAGACGGCCGUCAUUCCAGACCUCAUGCGCCGGCUGCUCUACACACUCACGCUCGACAAGACGAUUGACACGUCGAAUUGGGAGCACCACCUGCGGCGACAGUACCUGAUGCGUGCGCCGGACGUGAAUCCGUUCGGCACAGCCGAGGCGCCGCUCUCCUGGGCUGCGCUCUCGCUCACCAACAAGGUCCUUGCGUUGCAUAGCCUGUGCGAGUGGCAGCUCGUCGACGCAGAACGCUUCCGCAAGCUCGUCAAGAGCGAGGAGGAGCCAGAGCUUUGGGUGCGUCUCGCUGUCGUGCACAUGUGUGGUGCGCUGUUCACGCUUGCCUCUAGCGCAUCGACCCGAUCGGCUGGGAUGGGCAGGAGAACACGUACUGGCUGUUUGAUGACAACCGGCUGUGGGUGCAGCACCCGCCGCCGGCGCCCAAGCCCAAGCCGCGCUCGCGGGUCGUGCCCAAGAAGGGCUCCAAGCGCGCGCGCGUCGAGGCAGCGCGUGCUCGGAAAGCGGCGCCCACCAAGAGCGAGGCGCCGCCACGCGGCACGAAGCGCGCUCGUGGUGCGGCGAGCGAGACGAGCCCGCCGGCGAAGCGGGCGCGCGGCGAGUCGGGAGGCCUGCCAAGGAGAGGCACGCGAGGAUCCGCAGCGGCGAGUAGCACGCCGGCGAAGCGCACGCGCGGGAGCGCGGCGGCUGCUGCGCCCACGAGCGCACGCUCGUCGCGCAGACUACGUGGGCCUGCAGAGGCGCAAGUCGACGAGGGCGACUGGGAGGAGGUGCCGUCGGGCAUCCUGGAGUCGGACUCGGAGCUCUCGGAUCUGUCAGAGCCGCCGGAUGAGGGCGAUGGCGGGGCGCUGAAUGGAGAACAGGCCGAGGAAGAGGAGGUCAAGCCCGAAGCGCCAGAAGCGAGUGCAGGCGACGCACGCUCUAAUGGCGACCAUGCCGUGCAUGAUGCCGCGGACGACGUCAAGACAGACGAGGCCGACACUGUCAUUCACGAUGCGGCGCCCAAUGGCGACGCGGCGAAGCACGAGGCGGCAGAGCCCAUCGAGGAGGAUCUCA